AUGCACGCGCCCCGGACUUUCGCUCCGGACCACCGGAACAUAGGCGGGGCUCACGACAUCCUGAAUCAGCUAGGCGCGCACUACCGCAGAGUCGACCAUGCGGGCACGUUCGGCGCCACGGAGACGCAGUACGUGGCCGAGGGCAUGGACGGUGCGCGGCGCCUGGCGGGGGUGCUGCCUGGGAGGCCGCGGCCGUCCGACAAGUGCAUCACGAUCCCGUCGGCGGCUCAGCUCAGCAAGAACAAGGCCAGGCGAAAGCGGGAGACGGACUUGACGGGGCCCUUCCACCGCCGAAACGUCUACCAUAUGUGCAGGCGCAUGCAGGACAUGUACUCGCUUCCGGAGCGGAUGAAGAACCCGGCGGACAUCAUCGCGCACCCGCCCCACAUCCGCAAGAAGCCCUCCAACGUCAACGCCACGGCCAUGGCCCUCUGCCCCUGGAUCCCAAACAACCCCUACUGUCGCACGAGGCCGUCCACGGCGCCGUCAGGCGGGCGGGCGAUGGCCUCCGACGCCGCGGCGGGGACACGUCAGCGUGGCGGUGAGCCGGCGCUCUCGGCGGCCGCAGGGGCCCCGGCUGCGUCCCUGUACCAGCGGCUCAAGGCCAGACUGCUUCAGGUCAUCGUGGAGCAACGGCUGUACAAGGAGAAGACGCUGCGGGCCUUUUUCGAGCGCGAGAGGGCGGCGUGUAGCGCGGACACCCUGCCAGUCAUGGUGGCCGUGAUAUCCGAGUUGGAACGCGAGCUGGACGUCGUGAGCUGA